AAAUUUUUCUUUAUUUCUAAUUAUAGAUGUAUCUUUAUUAAGAUGACUAUUUUCUAUAAAGAAAUUUCUAAAGAAAUGGAGUAUGAACAAAUGAGUGAAGUUGAUGAGGAUAUGGAAGAAAGUAGCAGUGAUAGUAAUGAAGAGGAUUCUAUUGCAAGUGAUGAAGUAGAAAAUAAUAAAUCUAAGAUAUAUCUUCCUGGAAAGUCUUUAGAAUGUGGAGAAGAACUUGUUGUGGACAAGACAGCAUAUCGAAUGUUACAUCAUGCCCAAUCUGGAGCUCCUUGUCUUAGUUUUGAUAUUAUUUUAGAUGACUUGGGUAAUAAUAGAGAAGAUUACCCAUUGAAUAUAUAUCUUGUGGCUGGAACUCAAGCUGCUAAGACACACGUUAACAAUCUCCUUGUUAUGAAAAUGAAAAAUCUAUGUGGUAUAGAAGAUAGUUCUGAUGAUGAAUCAGAUGAUGAUGAUGAAUUACAUAGUGAAAGUGAUACGAAUAAACCAAUUUUGUCUGUUGCACCAAUGAAGCAUCAAGGUUGUGUUAAUAGAGUUAGAUAUAAAAGAAUUGGUAAUAAACCUCUGGCAGCAAGUUGGAGUGAAUUAGGACGUGUACAUAUUUGGGAUUUGGAUAAACAAUUAAAUGCACUUGAUAAUGAUGAAUUGCUACGUGCAUAUAAUAAGGAGUCUAAAAAAAAUGAUGGGAACAUCAAACCAUUAUUUAGUUUUAAAGGACAUCUUUCAGAAGGAUAUGGACUUGAUUGGUGUCCAACAGAAGUAGGCAUGUUAGCUUCUGGUGAUUGCAAGGGUAACAUUCAUAUAUGGCAUUUUAGUAAUUCAACUUGGCAUGUGGAUCAACGACCUUAUAAUUCACAUGCACCAUACAGUGUUGAAGAUAUUCAGUGGUCACCUAAUGAAAGACAUGUACUUGCUUCAUGUUCUGUUGAUAAAAGUAUCAAAAUUUGGGAUACAAGAGCAAGUCCACAAUCUGCAUGUAUGUUAACAGCAGCUAGUACACAUACUGCAGAUGUUAAUGUUAUUUCAUGGAAUUGUAAAGAAAAUCAGUUUCUUGUAUCUGGUGGUGAUGAUGGCUUGGUCUGUGUAUGGGAUUUGCGUCAAUUUAGUACUAGUAAUACAAAAGCAUUAGCCAUAUUUAAGCAACACACUGCACCUGUUACAACAGUAGAAUGGCACCCUCAAGAGGCUACUGUAUUUGCUUCUGGCGGAGCUGAUGAUCAAAUUGCUCAGUGGGAUUUAUCAAUAGAAACCGAUCAAUCGGAAGAGAUAGAAGACAAUGAAUUAAAGGAACUUCCGCCACAAUUGUUAUUUAUACAUCAAGGCCAAACUGAUAUAAAAGAAUUGCAUUGGCAUCCUCAAUGUCCUGGUACUGUAAUAUCAACGGCACAUUCAGGAUUUAAUGUAUUUCGUACAAUUAGUGUAUAAUCUGUCCAAUAAAAAGUCCAAUGUUUAUAAAA